AUAAAAGUUCUUGUCACCGUCACCGGACACAAUGUUGUUCAUUGUAUAUGAGGUGGCCUUUGUAACCACCAUUACCCCUUUAGGAACUAUACUUCUCGCGCCAAAGGUAAAUGUUCUUCGUGAGUGAUUUUUUCUACUUUAGCUAUCAACUUGCUUCAGCAUUAUGCUCGAAUAUUGUAGAUGCAGGUGAAAUGUUAUAACGUGUGGUACUUGAACGGCGUUCUCAAGUGUUGUUCGAAGGCGUGUAGCAAGUCGUGAUGCCGGGAGCCAGAAAAUCUGACGUUGGCACUUUUUCGAAUGUUGCCACGUUCGUCCUAUUGAGUUUAACACCAGGCCGUCCCAAAGGAAAACCGUGGUCAGCUGAAACCUUUGAUACACCACUGGGCCAUAAAACUAUUUUCUUAUGUAAAGGUCUUCAGAGUUAAAAUAUCCGUAAUUCUAAUAAACAUUUCAUGCGAAUGCUGCUGGCACAAUUGGUUUAUACGCUUGGGUGGGCAUACCUUCGGGAACGAGUAGAGCCAACAAGCACAAUGUUAUGAAGAAGUUGUUAAUGAAGUUCCUAACUUUGCGAUUAUCGUGCGUGCUUGUAUUGCAAAUUUGAAAACAAUCAUAUGCGAAGACAACUCGAAUUUAUUUGACACGUUAAGCGCUUGUGUUCCGAUCCAGACAUUCGCCAUCAAAGUUAAUGCUGUUUAGCAUUUGUAGGCGGCCGUCUCGAUUCAAAGGUGAACCUCCUAUGCGACGCAGACAACUGUUUAUUGCGGUGGAAAGGGAGAACCCGUCUCGUUUUGACAGCCGAGAGCUGGAGCGCACAAAAGCGCACCUGUCAUCAGCUCCGCCUGGCGUUUCGACUGACGUGCUAUACGGAGUGAACUGCGUCACGGGUGGGCGUUAGCCUUGGUGCUGGGACUCCCGCCUUCUGAGGCGAAAUGAACGUAUUGAACGUCUGUAAAUUGCGCUUUUGCAAUAACAGAAGUGUGCGCCUAAUAGACAGCUUUAGUAUGGCGUAAAAUGCUUGCCUUAGCGUCAGCGUGUACCGCACGCUAAACCUUCGCUGGACGCUAUUAGAUGGAGUUUUAGCAUAGCGUAAAACAACGAUGCGCCGUCGCGGCAGCAGUUCGCAUCCCCCUAAGUGGAGGCAAAUGUUCACUUUUUUAGCUUAAAAACUGGGAAAUUAACUGUGGCAAGUGCUACACCGAAGGACGUGGACUCCAACAUGCGAUUCAUACGCAAUAUUUCGGCAAGAACAGUGCAGCGUGACGAAACGCCCCCGACAGGUGCAGCACAGAGAGGCACAGCUUCGCAUUGCGGCGACAGCAUCAGUCGCAGAAGGAUCAGUGGACUCCAGCAGGACGUCGUAAGGCGCGAUCAAUGGCUCGGAAAAGCGAGACAACUGCGCAGCUGGAGUGCCCAUGCUUGGAAGAAGGCAGAUCGCUCACUCGGAAGGACGCCUUGGCGAAUGGAAUCCAGCAACUCAUGUCGCCCUCGUGCAACAACAAUGAGCGGAAACGAAAGAGCGAGGGUACCCGCACGCCACAUAUGGAACAGCGGACUUCGCAAAGAAUGGAAGAUGGAAAUACAAGACGUCCGACUUCAAAUGAAGUGUUCACCAUUUCCAAGCCUACUCUCUGGUCCUCUCAGCGAACUCUUCACCACAGUUCCCGUGCUGGUCGGGGGAUCUGCGCUGGCAGCGGCCGGCAUCAUAGUGUCUUCAUUUUCCCCUGAUAUCACAUGGCUCAGCGUCACGCUAGGAGUUAUGCACGGUUUGGGCCUCGGCAUCGUGAUAACCAUGCUGCAAGUCCUCAUAAGCAUGUACUUCGAGCGGUACCGUGGCACCGCCAACGGCAUCAUGUUCGCCGGCUCCACAGCCUCUGCGUUCAUUUUCCCUCAUCUGCUGCUGUAUUUUAAGGACACCUAUGGCUUCCGAGGCAGCCUUCUGAUGUUUGGUGCCGUCCUCAUGAACAUGGUGGCCUUGAGUCUAGCCUUCCGGGAACCACAUUGGUUUCGGAGGGAUAGAGUCAAGAGGGGAAAGAGCUUACAAAGGACACCGAGGCCGUCGAUAUUCCCAACAGACCCAAUGAAAGAGACAAAGGUGUCCGCCACAGCGGAAGUGCUACGAAACAUUUGCGGAGUGCUCAAGUGCCCCAUGAUGUACGUUCUCGUGGUCACGUGGUUAGCGUUCUGCUACAACUAUGACAUUUUUUUCUCUACGAUCGUGGAUUUCGCCAUGGACAAGGGGCUGACACUAGAGGACACCGUGUCUUUCAUCACCUACACGUCUAUCACAGAUCUAGUGGGAAGGGUUGUCCUUCCUAUUUUGACGGACCGUGGGUUCCUGCAGCGGUCGACGUUAAUGACAUUGAAUUACUUUCUUCUGGGCUUGUGCGGUGUCUUACUGCCGUUCUGCGAGUCCUACUGGGCCCUGCUAGUGGCGUGCCUAGGCUUGGCCCUAUUCCUGGGCUGUGCCAUUACCAUGCAGAGCGUGCUGAUGGCCCAGUAUUUGGGAAUCGAAAAACUUGCCGUAGGAUAUAGCGUCCUGGGCGCCCUAUGUGGACCAGCACUCUUAGGAAAAGCCCCUUUCGUAGGAUUUUUCAGGGAUGACCUUGGUUCGUACAACGAGAUGUUCUGGGUGCUCGGAGGCUUGAGCUUCUUCGUCACCUUUCAGUGGGCGUUGGUAUCUUUGACCGAUAGGCAGCGAGUUCGCAAGUGGCAGCCCGACAUUGCGCACCCGUGCUCUGGGCAAAAAACGUGAAGAACUAUAGCUAUAUAUGCUAAUAAAUUUUAGAAAGUAUACGUUAGCGCUGUGUUUUUAUGGCUAAGACUAGAAACUGCUUGUGAUGCUUUUACUUUCAAAUGCGAUAGAAAUAUUAAAAGCAUAUUUCAUUCCAAAUUUUGGGGACAAAAUGUUUCGUAGAGCAUAGAGUGUUACAUCAAUUAAGGACUUGUGUGAUUGCAACGUAGUAAGCCGGUAGAAAAGAAGUUCUACUUAGUACGCAUGAUCAGAACUAUUGUGGUAUUUGUGAAAAGGUAUUCUAUGUGUUCUUACAUCUCUGUUUCUGUAGAACUUGGAGUGCAUGAAUAAACAUUAAAAAGAAACACUGAACUAGUUUAGAGUGAUGAAGUGUUCUUGACGAACUGUACUUUCGUUGAUUUUGCGGUAACGCGUUGAUUAUUAGAAGCAAGAAUUGCCGUUAGUGUUCCUACUUUCAAUAUCGCGCCGAAAUUCCAGUGCUUGUACGUCAGUGGGACGUCACGGGUUGCAA